AGUCCGUUCAAGGUCGUUUCGCGCAACGGCGGCUGGCUUAGAAAGGAUCUGGUGUACAGUGACGUGUAUUCAUCUAAUGAAUUAUCGAGUGGUUCUUACUACCUAUUGGCCAUUUUUACUUUUCAUUGACUAAUUACGGAAGUUUAGUAUUAUGUACCUGGAUGCCAAGUACAAAGAAUUUAUUUUGUCUUAUUGGUAUCGGAAGUUUCAUAUAAAUCACUGGUAUUUUGUAAUUUCAACAUUGAAAACAUAAGAUAAGUCAUAUUAUAUAAAUCAUACUCAAUGAUUCCAUCCUUAACAAAGUUGAAUCAUGUUACAUCAGAAUGGUCAGAUUCUGAAUUAAGUUUAUUACUGAGUGCGUUAAAAAGAGAUCGUUCAUUUUCAACACGUGAAUUGGCUGAAUUCAUACAAACAAAAAAGAAAACAGAGAUUAGAGAACUUAUAGCUUGCCUUAUGGAUGUGGAUGAGAAGAAUUUACAGGGUAAACAAUAAUCUGUAUUAACCAAUACUUAUAAACAUAAUUUUUCUUGUUUUAGAUCCACAAAUUACUGUACCGGAAGUUAAACCUGAAGGAUCAAUUGAUGUAGAAUUUCUAUGAUUACUUAAUACCAGAUUUUUUCUUUACACAGAUUUUAUUACAAAUAACUAGACACAGUUGUACUGAAUACUAUAAUUAUAGUAUGGCAUUGAAUGAAGUUCUCCAGCGAGCUUCUACGUGGGAAAGUGUAGAAUGUCGUAAAAUCAAUAAAAGAGAUCCAGACCCUAUAUAUUUACCUUAUGCACAGGUUUAUCGGUUUUUUUCUUCAUUGGUUUGUGGACAACCAUUACCAAAUCUAUCUGACUUGUCGUCUGGCGCCUUUCUAGAUCUUUUAACAUGUUUAGACAGAAUUUUAAACUUUGUCAAUAUUAGCAAGAAAAGUGAAAAUUCUAAUCAGAAUUCCCAUUUAUUAAUUGAACAACUUCAAAAUGCGAAUAAAAUCGCUACUGAAAAAAUAGGUGUAUUUUUAGCAUUGGCCGCUGCUAUUCAAUUGAAUUCACGUUUAUGUUCACGACGUGGAUGUGAUAUUACAGAAAACUUUGAUGAACACUGUAUUGCUCCACUGUUUUUAUUAUCUAAAGUGAAGCAUCCUCAUACACUGAAACAAACUCGUGAAAUGGUCGAAUAUCUAAUUAAUCGAUUCGCGAAAUUAUGGUCAUUGCCGAAAUUCCCAUGUUCACAAAAUGGUUCAUUUGCUUCUGAAGGAGAAUUAAAUAUUCAGUCGACUGAUUUACCAGAUGCCUUAUUCAAACGUCUUAGUAUGUUUUCACUGAAUCCAUUUUCAUUCCCAAUGGAAGUGAUGUCUCCUUUUCAAAAAAUCUUAGAUGAUUUUAGACAUAUGUGUUCAAGCAGGUUCAGUUAUUUAAAUCGCUUCAAAUCAAUUUUAUACAUUUCUUUACCGACCGGACUUCAACAUUCUGUCAAACGAUCCACACCAUCACAACCUAUAAAAGUUGUUAACCAAUGGAAGAAGCGUCGAAUUGAAAAGUCGACCAAGAGUCGACCAACAUUACGUCAUAAAGCGUUGGAGAGUUCUGUACCUUUGAAUAACUUGACAACAUUGAGUUUUGAUGAAAAUACAAAUCAAGUUGGCAGCAAUGCAUGUAGCGAUGAGAAAACUGAUUUGAAAGUUAACCUAACAUCACGUCGCUUUGUAAACUGGUGUCCAGGAACACAUUUCGUUCGUGUUUCAGAUCCAGCAGAAGAUGAAGCUGUCAAGAUGCUUAUGAAUACGCAUAUUCAAGUGAAAACAAAAAGCACGAGAAAAUUGAUAUAAGAAAAAUGUAUUUUUAUAAAUAUUGUCUAGUCGCGUUUGUUUGUUUUUUUCGAGAAGAUAUUUUAAAUACAGAAUAAAUCAAAGAUCAUUG